GCCAGGGUAGCGGUCGGACCCACGCGCUCGCAGCGCGCCUUCCGACCCGACGCUGUUCCGCACGCCUCGGCGCCGGGAACGGAGGCGGCCCCCAAUUUACCGGCCCGGCGCCAGGAUGGCCCCCAAACUUCCAGACUGUGUGGAGGAGCUCCGCGCCGCCGGCAACCAGAGCUUCCGCAACGGCCAGUUCGCCGAGGCCGCCACACUCUACAGCCGCGCGCUGCGGAUGCUGCAGGCGCAAGGUUCUUCGGACCCAGAAAAAGAAAGCGUUCUCUACUCCAACCGAGCGGCGUGCCACUUGAAGGACGGGAACUGCAUAGACUGCAUCAAGGACUGCACUUCAGCGCUGGCCUUGGUUCCCUUUGGCAUGAAGCCCCUGCUGCGGCGAGCAUCAGCCUACGAGGCUCUGGAGAAGUAUCCCCUGGCCUAUGUGGACUAUGUGACUGUGCUCCAGAUUGAUGAUGCUGUGACAUCAGCCUUGGAAGGCAGCAGCAGAAUGACCAAAGCUCUCAUGGACUCAUUUGGGCCCGAGUGGCGCCAGAAGCUGCCCUCUAUCCCCUUGGUGCCUGUUUCAGCUCAGAAGAGGUGGGAGUGUUUGCCUUUGGAAAACCACAAAGAGACUGCUAAAAGCAAAUCCAAAGAAACCACAGCUGCGAAGAGCAGAGUGCCUUCUGCUGGGGAUGUGGAGAGAGCCAGAGUUCUGAAGGAGGAAGGCAAUGAGCUUGUAAAGAAGGGGAACCAUAAGCAGGCGAUUGAGAAGUACAAUGAGAGCCUCUGGUGUAGUAACUUGGAAUCCGCCACAUACAGCAACAGGGCGCUCUGCCAUCUGGUGCUGAAGCAGUACAAGGAGGCCGUGAAGGACUGCACGGAAGCCCUCAGGCUGGACGGAAAGAACGUGAAGGCGUUUUACAGACGGGCUCAAGCCUACAAGGCACUCAAGGACUAUAAAUCCAGCUUUGCUGACAUCAACAGCCUCCUGCAGAUUGAGCCCAGGAACGGCCCUGCACAGAAGUUGCGGCAGGAGGUUAAUCGGAGCUUAAACUAAAAACCCAAGAGGGCAGCAGGACACCUCUGCCUGACCACCUUCCUCCGUGCCUGCUCCCAGGACCCGGAGUGUCCCAGAGCAAGCUCUGAAGCACCCUCCUCUGCCCCUCAGAGACGUGUUGGCUUCCCACCCCUCAAGAGGCUUUGCCUGUUCAAAUUAAUAACCUCAGUGUAGUCAAAAAUGAGACAUUUUGUUGGAAAGGUCUCUCCCUGUCCCGCACUCUCCUGUGCUGCGGACAGCGAGCAGGUCACACAGACAGGUCCUCGUCAGUAGAGCACUCGGCUCUGUCUCUGCCCAGCAUGCUCCAAACCGGGUGCUGCCCUUCCAGGGUCACCAGGCCCCCUUGCCGUGGUCCAUGUGAGCACGGGGGGGGAGGGGAUGCUGGAAGACCCUAGCCCUCCUACACCCAAAGCAGCCUGUUGAGCUGGUUCUCCGGUGCUGCCGUCCCUGCCUUGUCCCAGUGCUCUGUGUUCUGAGCCCCAGUGCCUUUUGGCCAAGCCUUCCUUUGGUGGGGGUGCAGGACCUGACCCUCGGCUUUGUGGCUCUGUGUUGCCGCCUCCUGCGUGGAGGCGCCUAAGCUGUUUCAAGAGCCCAGGGGAGUGGCUGCUACUCCUGAAGGUGAGAUGGGGAGAGAGCCCUCCCUGAAGUCAGUGUCCUUCCGUUCCCGGCAGGGACUUGCCUUUUGACCCCCACAGUGGCCCCUCUAGGCUUCUCAGUUCUUUGUAAUAUGGUGAAGUUAAUUUGAACUGAACUGACUGAUUUUGUUGAGCUGCGUGUUUAAGCUACUGCAUUAAUGUCUUCUGCAUAAAUGUCUGUUGUAUUUUCAUUUAUGCUUUUUCAGCUUUGGUUCAUUUUGGAACUUUGCAAUAAUAAAAAAAAAAUGCUU